UUGCCAACAGCAAAAAAGAGAGCGCCAACUAGUACCUCUUCUCCUCAACCUCGUGCUGCAUCAAAGACAACAACACCAACACCAACACCUGCAGCAAAGAAAACUGCUGCUGGUGCAAAGAAGAAGCAACAACCUAAAAAGGUUGCCAAGACUAGUACAAAGGCGGGAACAGGAUUGAAAAAGAAGACGAGGAGAAGAAAGAAGAAAAUGACGUUCUCAUUGUACAUUCACAGGAUACUCAAGACUUUGGUGGAGGCUACGAGACGUCGUUCAGGAUUACGGGGUGCUGAUGAGAAGAAGAGAGUUACAAUAUCAACAAUGUCAAUGGCGGUCAUGAACUCAUUUGUCUUUGACAUCUUUGAGAGAAUAGCUACUGAGGCUGGGCUACUGGCCAGAAAGAGAAAGAGAAAGACUCUCCACUCACGAGACAUCCAAGUGGCAGUCCGUAUCAUCCUCUCUGGAGAACUUGCCAAACAUGCAAUCGUACAAGGAAUGACAGCAGUAUCCAAGUUCUACCCAGUAUCAAAUAAUUCAAAUCAUGAU